AUGUCAGGACCGAGGCCCGUGGUGUUGAGUGGCCCCUCUGGAGCUGGGAAGAGCACUCUGAUGAAGAGGCUAAUCAAGGAUCACGAAGGCGUUUUUGGAUUCAGCGUGUCACACACAACGAGAAACCCUCGACCAGGAGAGGAAGAUGGCAAAGACUACCACUACACAACAAAAGAGGCCAUGCAGGAGGGCAUUGAAAGGGGCGACUUCAUUGAGAAUGCUGAGUUUUCUGGCAACAUGUACGGAACAAGUAAAGCUGCCAUCGAAGAUGUGCAGGCCCAGAACCUAAUCUGCAUCCUGGAUGUGGACAUCCAGGGGGUGAACAGGAUUAAAGAGACUGACCUGAACCCCAUCUAUAUCUCCAUCCAGCCUCCCUCCAUGGAAAUCCUGGAAAAACGUCUGAGGGACAGGCAGACAGAGACGGAGGAGAGUCUACAGAAACGACUGGAAGCUGCACGCAUUGAUAUGGAGCUCAGUAAGGAGCCAGGAGUGUUUGAUGUUAUUAUCAUCAACGAUGAUUUAGAGAGGGCCUACGAGGAGUUGAAAGAAAUCCUUGACGAAGAAAUCAAAAAAGUUCAGGAGGCCAAAUCAUAA